AUGCCGCCAAAGAAAAAGCAAAAGCUUGAAAAACUCGACAAACCUACUUGCUUACAUACCUGCAACAAGACUUCCUUUGCAAAAGCUUUCUUGCCAAACGAGACCUACCGGCAGCGUCUUCUAGAUUACAUCGCCAUCAUCCAUCAACUCGCUGACCACGCUUCCCACGCUCUCAAAUUCUACAUCCUAUCUGCACCAACCUUUCCCACGGUAAAUGAAGAUACAAUCGAAGCAAUUCUCUAUCUUCUCAACAAAGGAGAGGCUUGGCAUCCAAGAAAGGAAGCAAAGAAGGCAUGGCGGGAUUGUUUGCUGCCAUAUGUUCAACGGUACUGCCAAAUCGUCGGCUUUGUUCACCCAAAUCUACGAGGCGAGCAGCAAUCAGUCAAUUACCUGACAGCGAGUAUGAUGACGAACCUGAAAGUCAACGUUCAAGAGCAUUUCAUGCAGAUGCUCCUUCGGUAUAUCAAUCUGCGGCUCGACGUGAAGGGACAGAAGCAGCGACUGCCACUGAAAAGCGAUGCGCGGCAAGCUUUCUUUACUCGGCUACGCUACUUGAAGUCGGUUUUCCUUUUCGAAACUAUGCCAGAAUCACUGGAUGACUUGAGCAUUCUUGAAAACGAGAUUUUAGAAGAGAUCUGGACACUUAACCUGCCAUUUCCUGAUCAAGACAAGCCGCUUGCCUACCUCAUUGCCAUCGACGCGAUGUCCUUCUUUCCUGCAUACUGCCGACUGUCAAAGUUGUUCGAGCAGCAAGGUUUUCAACAGUUCAGCGCGAUACCUCUGCGCCGCUCUCUCAUCCAAAGCCAUAUUCGCAUCGACACGGUCAUUCUCUACGCCCACAUCCUCUGCAUCACCCGCCAAGAAGCAGAAGCCGUAGAGAAGGUCGAUUUAUGGUUGCGCGUCUGUAAUCUACGUACCAAAGCUUUUCGGUCUCGCUGUGGUAUGCAUUUUGAAGGCUCGAUCACGACGGACGGAACCUCGGUGUCUGUAUACCUAAAGCACCCAGAAGCUGACAAGUACGGAAAGCGCGGAGCGAGAAAGUCAGCAAAGGCUCUAGCAGCUGAGGUGAAGGCGCUGUAUGUGGAAAACAACUUACCUGCUUGUCGAGCAGCAGAGAAUGUCGUCGUUAUCGACCCAAACAAACGCGACAUUCUCUACUGCCAAGACAGUAAUGGUACAACGUUUCGCUACACCGCCAAUCAACGCUGCAAGGAGACUGGAAGCCGUCGAUUUGCAAAAGAACGGCAGCGGAUGAAAGCUGGCGGUAUUGACCUCAUAGAAUCACGUAUCCCAAGCCACAAGACGAUGAACCUCAUAGACUUCAUGCGUUACCUUCUCGUUCGCCGCGCUGAUUGGGAUCGUCGAAAGGAGUUCUACUCCCACCCUGCUCAUACUCGAUGGAAAUGGCACGCAUUCAUAAACCGUCAGAAGAGCGAAUCAGACCUCAUAUCCAACAUGCGCAACAAGUACGGCGAAAACUUCACCAUUGUGAUGGGUGAUUGGAGCGACGCCGGUCGAACUGCGAGAUUUCAGACCUCAUCAAAGACGAAAGGUUGGCGCACCCUCUUAAAGCGGAACAGGAUCAACUGCUUCCUUCUCGACGAGUACAAGACCUCAUCUGUCUGCCCUCGCUGUUUGGCCUCAUCUGAUGACUUCCUUGAAAAGGACUUCAAAACACGACCUCAUUCAAGACCUUGGCGCCGUCGCGAAGGCAAGAUUGAAAAAGUCCAUGGAUUGCUGGGUUGUACCAACCCUAACUGUCAGCAAGCCUGGACGAUGCGCUACUGGAACAGGGACACGCUGAGCACCUGCAACAUGCUGAUGAUCGUGCAAUCAAUGUUGGAUGGACACGGUAGACCAGAGGUGUUCAGUCGGAGGAGUGUUCCAGCCGUAGCGUAG